AUGGCCAUUAUAUGUAGACCUCCUCCUUCCAUCUUACGAGGACAUUUAAAUUUAACGUCACAGUCUACUGCUUAUGGAUCGCAAGUUGUAUAUGAAUGUGACGUUGGUUAUAAAUUGGUAGGCGAUUCUAUUUUGAUCUGUGGUGACAGUGGUGAUUGGGAAGGAAAAAUUCCAACAUGUUAUGCACACCCAAAGGGUAUGGAUGGAAAAAGAUCUCAAACAAAACGUCCUUCUCUGUUUUCUUCUCGUCUUAAUAUGGGAGGUAUUAUUGCUCUUGGUGUCUUUGGAGGUUUUGUUUUCUUAGCAGUAGCUAUUACAAUAAUUGUCAUCAUAGUCAGGAGUUCUACAUCCAAGACUAGAAUUCGUCCUCAGCCAUGGUGGAAUGUUCCUUGUCGACCGAAUCCUGAACUAGGAUACCUGUCUUUUUAUCGUUAACCCAAG